CUGCCCUUGGGUUCAAUCUACAUUUGUCCUUAACUUUGACUGACCGAUGAAUGAAACCAUUAGUUAUUUCCUCCACAGUUUGGUUAUUUAAUUUUGGUGUUCGCUGCGCUCGCCAAACUAUGUUUGUUAAGAAAAAUUCCUUUGGCAUUAACCGUGAACCAAAGUUAAGGACAAAAUGUUGAUUCAGCCAAGUAACAGAAUAGCCUCCUCAGCCAAACUGCAAUUAUAGUGAUUCCCAGUAGAGGGCGUGAAAGGUGGAAGUUCUGUUGAUCCGUAGGUGUCUUUCGCUGUAAAAUGGGUUCUGUUUAAGCAAACCCUUUGUAUUCCUCUGAAUUAGUUGUAUAUACUUGUUUAGUGGUGAAUGUGUGUGCAUGUUGUGCAGAUCUUUAUUGACUGCAUAUCUAAUCAGGACAACAGCCUAAGGUCAAGUUCCGUGGAGAAGACCUCUGCUAUCUUCGAGUGAGACUGUUCCAGUGUACUGUUUAACAUUGAUCAUUAAUUAUUCACAAAAACAGAGUAUGCUGUUUUUAAGCAAAUGCGGUAUUUAUUGAACGCAAGUCCAUUCCAGUUGAAGGCAAACAUGCAGACAAAAUCAAAGAGGAAGCAGAAAAAUCAUUAGUCUGACUUAUUAAAAGCAUUUGAUAUAGACAAAAUUGGACACAUUCUUCCACUAUUUGGUGAUUUUAUAAAAAUUCCAGGUCAGCAACAGCCCUCAAAGUGUGUUGUUGAUUCAGACCAUUCAACCAUGAUUUUUUUCACCCAAAUAUAAACCUAAUCGGUUGAAUUAUUGAGACCAUGCAACCAUGAUUUUUUUUCACACAACCUGGUGAGCAUCACCAACUACUAGUUUAAAUUCUUAUCGAUGCAUGAUGGCAAGUGCCAUCAGUGCCAGCAUAAGUGGGGAGAAAAGUGGUAAUAAUUCUAGGGGCCCAAAGCCAGGGAGGUGUGGAAAAAAAAAAAGACAGUAUGGUCACGUAUGUUGUUUUCAUGGGGUCCAAAAUCAUUGUCAGAGCCCCUGGCAGCCAUUAUUGAUCUCCAGAGAGAGUGCCAUGUUGGUGCUAUGAAGAAGAAUACACACAAAGGGAAGAAUCUUGAUAUGAGGAUCAGAUGGGAAGUUAAAAUAUGUCAAUGUGUAGCCUACCCUCCGAACUCCACGGGUAGAAGACCAUACCUCUCUCAAACCUGCCCUGGAGGGGACUGGCAUAGCUCCUUCAAGUCAGCCACGAAUGAAGCCGUGUUUCACUUUUAAUUUUUUGGGCAGGCCCUAUAUGGAAUUCUAUAUUGGUAGGUUGGGGGCAAUAAAAUCGCAUUAGUAUCCACAGGAGGCAAUGGAAUGUGGUAGACCUUUUAUUAAUUUUGAAGAAUCCGGUGCCUGUGGAAAGCACUGCAUAUGUUACUUGGCGCGCCAGAAUAAAUAAAUACAUACACGUCGAAUGGGUAACUGCUCCUCCCAGCAGAACAUGGCUUUAAUAACGGGUUGUAAAAUGAAACGUUUCUUUUUCAGUAAACCUGCUAUAUUCAUCUAAUUGUUUCAAGAUGAUUUACCAUUAUCCGGUCUAUACCCAGGAACCGGUCUAUACUUGGGGACUUAUGCUCAGCUUUGGUAAGGUACUCCAGUGAUAGUCACCCGGUAGAUCUCGCGCACAACCUCAAUGACCUCUCGCUCUUUGUACCUUGCACACGGUUCAUAUGCCUCAUUGUCCAAUCAGCCCUUUGACGUCUCUUUCCCAAAGACAAAUUAAGAGAGAACUCACUUAGCUAAGCACAUCAAAGAUUCCGGUCCUCUCCGAAUUUGUUGCACCACACCGGGAACAAUAUAGGCCUAACACGUGCACACUAAACUUGAUGAGUUGCCAGUGGAAAUCACAACACCAAAAAAUAAGGAGACCAAAUCACGUUUGCCUCCCACAUAUUGUAACGAAAAGAAAUGUAAUCUACGAAGUGAAAUGGGGUGCCAGUUUUUAAUCUUGUUAAUAAAGUUAUAUUACGGUCAUUUUAGAAUCGUAAACCUAUAAAUAAAAAAGUUGAAUGAGGGAAGAGGUGGGGUAAAGUUAGCGUUUUACUAUACAGAAAAGAGCUGGGAAGUCCUUUUAGCGCUUCGUCCGCGUUUAAACGUCACUCUAUUAUCCCUCCCCCUCUUCUUGUCUAUUACCCCUCCCUCCUGGAUCAUUUUCUGUCCUCUAGUCAGAUACAACAGGAGGACUGACCGAUUGGCUGUUCUUGGCGGAGAACCGUUGCCUUCCAUCACCGGCGGACACGAAUAAAAAGGUGGACUCUCUGACUGAACAUGUUGGCGUGGCUGAGCGACUGGUUCUGGCAGGAACGGCGGUGGUUCCCUGAAGGACUGGGCUGGGCCGACCUGCAGGACCGAGACGGGCGUGUCUACGCCAAGGCCCACGACCUCUGGGUCGCCAUUCCCAUCGCAUUGGCGUUCCUGGCUGUCAGGCAGGCCUUUGAGAGGACAGUGGCAACCCCGCUGGCCUCUCUACUUGGGGUGCAAGAGAAAGUUCGACUCAGAGCAGCACACAACCCCACUCUGGAAUCAUACUACCGUAGCAAAUCCAAACAGCCCACACAGAGUUCGAUAGAGAGCUUGAGUAAACAGACGGGUCGCUCGGUGCGGCAGGUCCAGCAGUGGUUCAGGCGGCGCAGGAAUCAGGACAGGCCCAGCCUUCUCAAGAAAUUUCGGGAGGCCAGUUGGAGAUUUACGUUUUACCUUCUUGCUUUCAUUGCUGGCCUAGCUGCACUCAUCGAUAAACCUUGGCUCUAUGACGUGAAGCAAAUGUGGGAAGGAUUCCCUGUAUUGACCCUUUUGCCAUCUCAGUACUGGUACUACAUGAUUGAGCUGGGUUUCUAUGCAUCUCUGCUGUUCAGCGUAGCAUCGGACGUCAAGCGGAAAGACUUUAAGGAACAGAUAGUUCACCAUGUUGCCACUAUCACGCUGAUCAGCUUCUCUUGGUGCCUCAACUACAUUCGGGCGGGAACCUUGAUCAUGCUGGUGCACGAUGCCUCUGACUACCUGCUAGAGUCAGCCAAGAUGUUCAACUACGCAGGCUGGAAGAACACCUGCAACUACAUCUUCAUCGCCUUCGCCGCCGUCUUCAUCGUCACCCGUCUGGUCUUCUUCCCUUUCUGGAUCAUGUACUGCACCUGGGUGUACCCGGUGACCGUCUACCGCCCGUUCUUUGGGUAUUACUUCUUCAACGGGCUGCUGCUGGUGCUGCAGUGCCUGCACGUCUUCUGGGCCGUCCUCAUCGUGCGCAUGGCCAUCAAGUUCCUGACCAACAACGAGACCGUGGAGGAUGAGAGAAGCGACAGGGAUGAAACGGACGAGUCGGGGGACGAAGAGGAGGAGGAAGAGCGGGAGAAGAAGAACGGGCCGAUGCAAAAUGGCCACUCUGUCCUCAACAACAACCACUGCAAGACGGAGUGAGACCACACAGGGGAGACCAACGGCCAGAACAGAUAUCUCUCACACGGAGCCCUGACAGAGGAAGAGUGCGAGAGGGUGAGAGGAUGAAGGAGGUGCUUCCACCUUCUGAGAAACAAAGAAACUGCUGAACACAGUGAACACGUGUACUCUGGAAAAGUCGAGGGCACACACCCAUAGAUACCAACUCAGAAACACCACCUGCAAUGAGCAUAACCGAAUGGUUGCGAAGGAUGUAUCACAUUGACUACAAAUCUUUCUCGGUUUCCUUCUGUCUCAGGAAAUGUGGGUGAUAAGAAGUCAUGGUGUUCAUCAAAUUUAAGCUUUUUAAAAUAUGUUUCUUAACAAGUCAGGUUCUCAUCUUUCUCUUCAUUCACUUCUUUAUACCCGCUGCCCACGCCCCCAAUCCCUCCCUGUACAACUAGCUUUAUCCAUGUGAUUUAUAUCUAUGGUCAGGCUCAUUGACACUUCCUGCAUGCACAAUGCAGGAAGAGCAUGAAUUCCCUGAGUUAAUAGCUGUAUUAAUGCUGCUUAUUGAACUGCUUCUCAGCAAUUCCUUUGACUCCACCAGACUCAACAGUGCUGAGACCAAAGGUCCUGUUUAAACAGAGGAAAUCCCCUCUCCAUUCUCUUAAUUCAGUCUAGUGGAAUGGAGGCUGCGGUCACAUCUGAGCUACUGUUUAGCGCCAUGGUCUUCACAUCAGUUGAACUCCACUGCAGUCCUUUUGAGUGACAUUUCAGUGAUAUUUCAGUUGACAGUUACGUGCAACUACCGUAUAGUGCAACUACGACAGUAUCAGAUGCUUACCAUGUUUGCUGUGGCAGGCUAGAACAGGAUUCGAGGCUGUGGUAAUGGUGCUUAUGGUCUUUAGCUGUCAUUGAAGAAUUGUCAAAAAUGAAAUAGUGUUAACUUUUUUGUGAAGUAAAGAAAAUGCUGUCUUAUGUUUGUACUACAUGUGUGUGUACCACCUUUGUGCGUCUUUGUCUUGGUCUCAAACACGAAAACCAAAA